UACACACGCAACACACACGCGGCGUCUCGUCUUCGCGCGCUGCCAUUCAGUAUCGUCAGUCGUUCGGUCGCGGUCGGUUCUUUGCGCGCGCGUCUUAUCCAUCGUCGUCGUAUACGUCGUCGUUGCCGCCGACGUCACUUGCCCACACGCGUCCGUCGACGGUGGUGCAUUAAUAACUAUACAGUGUAUAGCCAGGUAAUCCAAGGUAUACCGCGAUAGGAGAUCGUUCGUCCCUCGAAUCUGAUUUAUUUUCAACAUUCUAUCUACUUUUCAAAUUCACACCCUAUCCCCACGGCCGAAUAUUCGUCCAUGUCGUACGAUCCGGCAAAAACGGCCGACCACCGCUGACCGAUUCAUAUAAUUUCUACUAUGCGCCGUUGCAGCCAUCGUACCUGUAGCGGCAGGAGGAUUCGCCGAAAUCCACUCCGAUCGUUUCCGCAGAUCGGCUUACUGCUGUUGCUGUUUUCAUGUUUGAGAGUGACAACGUUCAAACAACAAAAGUUCCGGGUGGAGCCGAAAAACGUCAACGCUCGAGAAGGUUCGAAUGUGACGUUGGUCUGCGAAAUCGACGACAUCACUGGUGAUGUCCAGUGGACUAAAGAUGGUUUAGCUCUGGGUUAUGCAGCCGAAAUACCGGGACAUCCGAGGCACUCUAUGAUGAUCGAUUCCGGAAAUGGGGUGUACAAUUUACUUGUCAGAAAUGUGACAAUAACGGAUGAUGCUCUGUACCAGUGUCAAGUGAGCCCCGGGCCGGCGGCGGGGAGCAAACCAAUUAGAUCAUCGGCUACGUUGUCCGUCCUGACGCCACCCUCGUCCGUAGAAAUUAUAAAUACAUCCGGAGGCUCGAAAUUGGAAGUACAAGAAAACCAUGAAGUUUCUAUUGAGUGUAUAGCUCGAAACUCUAAACCACCUUCGAGAAUAGUAUGGUUUCGCGACGAUGAAGAAAUCGAUCCCGAACAACGGUCCGAUAACGAAAGUGAAGAAACCACGGAUGAAACGAAAUCAAAACUGUACACCGUUCGAAGCCGAAUAAAAGUAACCGCUAAGUCGAACGACGACCGUGUGAAAUACAAAUGUGAAGCUCAUCACAAAGCUCUAUCGAAUCCGCUUUCAACCACUGUUCAGAUAAGAGUUUUACAUCCACCGGGAGCUCCUCACAUCGAAGGAUACACAGAGGGUGAUAUUUUGGAAAAAGGAGAUCAUGUGUCACUACGUUGUGUAUCGAAAAAUGGAAAUCCACCAACACAACUUGUGUGGUUCAAAAACGACCAAUUAAUUCAUAAUGAUUACAGCACAACGGAAAAAGUGUCGGAGAGCACGUACUCAUUCAUAGCCAAUGUCUCGGACAACAACGCAAGAUUUCGCUGUGAAGCAAAAAACUCAAUUAGCCCACUUCCUCAAUAUGCUGACGUUGUACUCUCAGUGUCAUUCGGCCCGUCUCACGUCCGUAUCAAGGGACCAGAUGAAGCGAAACAAGGAGACUUGAUAACCCUAAGCUGCGAAACUGGGCGCAGCAAUCCAGCGUCUAUAAUCAAAUGGACGGUGGCCGGUGAAUUAGAAGAGAACAGCACGUCCGUUAAUGUGCCCGCCCCGCAGUCCAGCUGGAUAACAAAAUCCAACGUAUCGUUCGUCAUACCGACCGGACACCGUUUCGUUGUGGCUACGUGCCAGUCGAUCAGUAACAGAGUGUUCGAUAAAGUUAUCGACACACAUAAGAUCAGCAUACUACUCCCGCCUGGAGCGCCGAUCAUAAUCGACCACUCGUCCGGUAAUCCAAUUCCAUCGGGAAAUGUACACAAAAUAUCUUGUCUGUCUACUGGCGGCAAUCCACUGGGUACGGUCGCAUGGUUUAAAAACGAUAAAAAGGUACAUUCAAUUGUAACAACUGGAGAAAAUACGGUUUCAGCUGAACUGGCAUUCGUGGUCAAUUAUACGGAUAAUGACGCUACUUACAAAUGUGAAGUGACUCAUCCGGCUUUAACGGUUCCUUUGAUGAAAAUGCAGAAACUCAAAGUUUUAUUUUUACCCGAUCAUCUGAACAUCAAACACGACCCGGUACAUUUAAAACCUGGCGUGCAGGCAACGCUCACGUGUGAGGCGACUUCCAGCAAUCCGGCGGUAAAGAUGAGUUGGUGGCACCAGGGAGUGCCGGUCUCCGAGGGCAUAAACAGCUACACCAAGCCCGGGCUACACGGCGGAAAGCUGUCUACCAUACAGCUGACACUCAACGUGACACCCGAAAUGGAUGGCAGCGUGUACAUGUGCCAAGGCGCCAAUCCAGUGAUGGGCAAGAAUAUACACAAAGAMGUAACGAUCGACGUUUACCACAAACCAACUUUUGAUUCGCAUCUCGGUAUAAUGACGUAUACGGAAGGGGAUAACAUAUUCGUCAAGUUGCAGGCAAAAGGGCGGCCUUCAAAGAUCAUGUAUAAUUGGUACAAAAACGGCAAACCGUUGUCUCCGUCAUACAACCGGCUUGUAGAAGAUUCCAGUAUAAAUAUUACAGGUACAUUCCGCGACGAUGCUGGAAAUUACAGCUGUGUCGCGACCAAUUCAGAAGGGUCUUCAACCUCUUGGUUUACAAUAUUAGUGAAACAUCGAGCAACUAUUACUAGUACUUCAAGUGGAGUCAUUGUAAGUGAGGGCCACGAUGCUCAACUUUGGUGUCGAAUAGAUGGGCUUCCAUUAGGUCCGGAACAUAUAAGCUGGACGCGUCCAAAUUUUAUCUUUGACGAACGGACAUCAAUAUUACUCAAAAACACUACUUCGUACUUUACCAUUUUAAAUGUAACACAAUUUGAUAGUGGGCUUUUCUAUUGUGUCGUUAAUAAUGGUAUAGGAAACGAAUCAUCGCAUUCUGUGUUGUUGAUUGUGGAACAUAAACCCGAGAUACUGACAAUGGAAAAUGAAUCAAAAACGGCUAGCAAUGCUGGUAUGUCAGCUAAACUUCAUUGUCGAGCAGUAGGUGCUCCUAUGAUUAGAUUUUCUUGGGAACGUGAUGGGAUGAACAUAACAAGUAUAUCUGAUAAAUACAUUGUGGAACAGAAACGAUUGAACGAAACGUUUUACGAGUCGACGCUGACGAUACUGCAUGUGGACCAGUUCAAUUACGGUGAUUACUUGUGCACCGCGUCCAACAAUCUCGGCCGGACGACUUCAGUCAACCGGUUGACCGUCUUCUCGCACCCCGACCCACCGUCCAAUUUCCGAUUGGCGAACGCCACGCACAACAAAGUGAUGCUGACGUGGUCCCCCGGAUUCGAUGGAGGCGAACCGGUUACGUACCGCAUUCGAUACCGUCAAUCCGACUCUAAAAUGUACCGAUACGAAGAACUCGGAAACGAAACUCAUCACACAAUCAAUGGACUCGAACCUUUCACGACGUAUUUGUUUGGAAUCAUGGCCCGUAACUUGUAUGGGGACAGCUCAUACGUGUCUCAGAGCAUCAAAGUCACCACAACAAAGGAAAAUGCCCAAUUAAAAUCCGAUUCGAAUGCAGAGAAGACGACCGACGAUGCAAUGCGCAUCGUAAUUGUUUUCUUGGGAGUUUUUGGCGGUCUGCUGAUACUCGUCAGCAUAUUUAUUGUAUCGUAUUGCAUUCAUAGGCGCCGUAACGUCAACAAACAGAUGAGCAACGAAAACAACGAUUCUAGUAGUAAAGCGCCAACGAUCGAAAUGUAUGCACCGAAUACUUAUAACGGAGGAUACGAAGAAAAUUUAAGCUCAAUUUCUGCCAAAUCAGAAACAUAUUCAAAUGUCUCACCGGAUUAUAACCUAUCACGGACGGAAAACUGUUUGCAGGACGAUCAACAGCAAAAGUCUGCCGAACAAUCAUAUUUGAUCGAACAGAUAGAUUAUCCUUUCAUCAACGAUUGUGAUCAUCCCCUGCAGCCACAUGGUCAAUACGGCGGUGGCUUAAGCGUGAGCUCUGACCAAUCGAUGCAACAUUACAAUAUGCACGAAAACCCAAACGACAGAAGAAAUAUCGAAAAUCGGACUUCCCACCUCCACCACCACCAUCACCUCCACCAUCUCCACCACCUCCAACAGCAUCAGCAGCAGCAACAGCAGCAGCAGMAUCAGCAGCAUCACCAUCAGCCGCAGCAGCAUCAACAACCUCAUCAUGCCAUGCCGGGUGCACCGAUUGCUCGGGCCGUGCCAUUACCACCGAUUAUACACAACCGACCGGUGCCACCUCCAACGAUACCACCGAUGGUCAGCAAGCUUAACUAUUACUCGCCGCCACCUCCACCGCCUCCACCACCUGACGUCACUGUGUUCUCGUCUCAAAACGUUCUCACCACUUUCGCGCACAAACCGGACGAGACGGAAGGACACUUAGUCUGAGUCUGCCGUUUCCGCUCAACCCUCACCCACCGCACCACCGAAAUACCAUGAAUUUCCGGUAAUGUGCACCGCGUGUGAUUCGUUCGAUAUUUGUCGGAUAUCCUACSCGUGAAACACGAUUAUUUUCCGACCGGGUUCCUCUUUUCACGUCAGUAAAGGCGAAUCCUCCUCCMCCAUCCUAUGGUCUAAACACAAACCUCGGAGACUCGUACGAAUCGUGCGAUGCUUAUGAUAGGGUGAACGAAUAGUAUUUAUGUGCAUUUUUUUCCACAACUUUUAUUUUCAUUUAAUAACAAAUUAUAAUGAGCCACCCGGAAAUUUACAUAUAUUAGCGGGAGGCGUUUUUCGAUAAACUUAGUUUGAGUGUGGGCCUAUGAUAGGAUGGCAAGGCGGUAACCAGUAGUACCUAUUCACAUAUUAUAGUUAUUCGCUUUUCGCAUAUACUUGUGCUCCAAAAUGCUUUCGGUGUAUGUCAAUUACUCGUUAUUCGGCUAUCAUUUUAAUUUACUACUAUUUUGAUAUUCCUGUGAUCUACCUGCAUAAUAUAAGGGGUUUGUUCACCAGUGGCGAAUGGUAAUUAAUUCGUGUUGCUAAUGAUGUUCAAAAGUCAAAAAGUCAAUUAAUGGUUUAAACAAGAAAACAAAAACAAAUAAUAUAAUAAUAUUCUUAUAUAAUUCACGAAUCAAAUCACUCGUCACUCGGUCUAGACUGCAUUGCAAAUUUGCAACUGAAAGGUUGAGAAACGCUGUUGUAAUGCACCUACGUAGUAAGAAGUUUUCUGUCUGUAUACAUUAAUUGGUAAUUAUAAGUUUUCCGUUAUCGUUCAUAUGUAUAAUUAUGAUAUUCUUACUAUUUAUACAUUAUACACAUAUAAAAUAAUAUCAUUUAUGUAAUAUGUAUAUAACAUUUUAUAUUGAUAUGUAUAUUCUAGUCACGAAUAAACAUUAUUAGCUUAGGUAUUAAUAUAUAUAUAUUAUAUAUAUACUUAAAUAACGUUUGCGUUUGUUAUUUACACAUAAAUGUAAGGUUUGAAAUGAAUACAUAUAUAUAAUAUAUUAAUAAUACACAUAUUAUACUAAUAUAUACCAAAAAUCGAUUUCUUAAAAUAAUAGUUUGUGCCACCAACAAAUAAAGAGAUUAUUCAUCGUCGACUCGUGUAGGAAUUAUUCCAAACAUUUACACAAAUCGAGAUCUGUCUUAAAGCRUUGGUCGCCACUUUAUUUUAUGCCCUUUAACAAUUACUCAGGUAUUGUGAUCUCGAAAAGAUUUUAAAUUGUUUUAUUUUAACUAGUCUGUUAAGUCUUACAUAACUAUUAUAAGCGCACUGAAAAUGUUGGUCGACUGAGCCGUGUUUUUUAUUUUUUUUUGUUYAACCUAAAAAAGAUUUUCAUAAAAUUAUUCGUACAAUAAUUAAAUAGCUAUUAAAGUUUGUUGUAUAUUCGUUUACAACAUUAAGACUUCAAUGUAUAAUAUGUAUUCUUUACUACAAUGUUCUUACUAUUGAGUUUCGUUAAGUUUUUGUUUUAAUUUAAACACCUUAAUUUAAGUAAAACAUAUUAUUAUUAUGUACCUAUUAUAUUAAGUUCUUUACACGCUUAUGUAUAUGCCUAAUGACUAUAAAUAUAUAUGAGUUUAUAUUGUUUAAUUAAUUUAUCUACCUACCUACAUAUAUAAUUGUACUAUAUAUUUUUAAGGUUAUUCAUUAUUUAUAAAAUAAUUCGUAUGUAGAAUAAAGAUAAUGUAAAAAGAGUCAAAUACAUAUUGUUGUAAUGUAUUUCAUACUUUGAAACCCAAUGAGAUUUUGAUAUAAACAAGAUAUGAGGUAAUUUAUUGGAGCUAUCUAAAUAUUAU